AUGAUUACUUUUAAUGGAUCACUUAAAUCAUCUUUUAAUCUUUCAUAUCUUCAAAGAAUUCGAUGCUCAAAUUUCAAAAAUCUUUCAUUUAGAACUUAUAUCACAAUAGCAGCAAAAGAUCCGGAACAUUCAAAAUUUGAUGUUAUAGUAAUUGGAGGAGGGCAUGCAGGUUCAGAAGCAUGCGCAGCAGCAGCAAGAACUGGAGCAAAAACUUUAUUACUUACUCAAAGACUUGAUACUAUUGGUGAAAUGUCAUGUAAUCCUUCAUUUGGUGGGGUCGGUAAAGGAACUUUAGUUAGAGAGGUGGAUGCUUUGGAUGGAUUAUGCGGAAGGAUAUCUGAUUUAUCUGGAAUACAAUUUCAUAUUUUGAAUCGUUCAAAAGGUCCAGCUGUGCAUGGUCCUAGAGCACAGAUAGAUAGAAAGUUAUACAAGAAAAAUAUGCAAGAAUGUUUAUUUAAUUAUCCCAAUUUAACAGUAAGAGCUGGUAGUGUGUAUGAUAUUAUAAUGGCACAUCAACCAAUAAUUUUUAAUAAAUCUGGUGAACAUCCAAUCUGUGGAGAGGUACAGGGGGUGAAAUUAGAUUCGGGUGAAGUCAUUUAUGCGCCCAAAGUUAUCUUAACAACAGGAACUUUUCUUCAGGGCGAGAUACAUAUUGGAAAAUCAGUGUUUCCUGCAGGUAGAUUUGGUGAGGCUCCAACUGUGGGAAUUUCCAAAACAUUGGAACUCGCAGGGUUUAGGCUUGGGAGACUUAAAACAGGCACUCCUCCACGUUUGGAUGGACGUACAAUAAAUUAUGAAAAUCUCUUGCAGCAGCGUGGAGAUAUACCAGCCACGCCUUUUUCUUAUAUUCACACUUCUGUUCCUCUUGAGAAACAUCAGAUACUAUGUCAUCAAACAAAAACCAAUGCAGAAACACAUAAUCUAAUUUUGGAUAAUUUAUCCGAGACAAUACACAUACGUGAAACCGUAAAAGGGCCAAGAUAUUGUCCCUCAAUCGAAGCAAAAGUGAUAAGAUUUAAAGAUAAGGGUGGCCAUGUUAUUUGGUUAGAACCAGAAGGUCUUGAUACGGAAGUUGUAUAUCCAAAUGGGAUAUCUGUGACGUUACCGGAACAUAUACAGUAUAAAAUGCUACAUACAAUCUCGGGAUUAGAGAAUGUAGUGAUGAUAAGGCCCGGAUAUGGAGUUGAAUAUGACCAUAUUGAUCCACGAGAAUUAAACGCGAUGUUAGAAACUCAUCGUAUUAAAGGCCUAUACUUGGCUGGGCAAAUCAAUGGAACUACAGGUUACGAAGAAGCUGCAGCACAGGGAAUUAUUGCGGGCAUAAAUGCAGGCCUUGCUGUUCAAAACAGGUCUCCAUUUACACUUGACCGCGCAGAUGCAUAUAUUGGAGUUUUGAUAGAUGAUUUGAUAACAAAAGGAAUCAAUGAACCUUAUCGUAUGUUUACUGCUCGUUCAGAAUAUAGAUUGUCUCUUAGAGCUGAUAAUGCAGAUCUGCGAUUGACAAAAAAAGGAUAUGAGGCCGGAUUCGUAUCGAAUUAUAGAUGGGAAAUAUAUCGAAAAACUGAGGAACAAUUCCGUAAAGGUUUAGAGCUACUUCAUGAUUUUAGGUUGUCGCCUCAGAAGUGGAACGCUUUAGGUGUGAAUCUUGCUUAUGAUGGUACAAUGAGAAGCGCUAUAGAUGUAAUUGGAAUUCGUGGGAAUACUACGGAAUCUCUUGCACAAAUCAUCCCAGGAUUCGAUAGAAUUGGACCUUCUAUACUGCAACGAUUACAUGUUGAGGCAGAAGUUCGGGUAUUUCGAAAAGAUGAAGAAUUGUUAUUACCGGAAGAUUUGGAUUAUGAUUUAGUUCAUAACCUUUCAUUUGAGACUAGGUCAAAACUAAAAUUCAUUAAACCUACCACAUUGGGAGAAGCAAAACGUAUUGAAGGAAUGACACCGGCUAGUAUAGUGACCUUAUUAAGAUAUGUACACAAGAAGAAAGAUUCUCGACCAAACCAGCAUUUACGCUAA